AUGAGUAACCAUUAUAACAUAAGCUACAAUUUUCCGGCGUUGGAUUCGACUGCGGAGUUCGACAUAGGACAGCCAAACACCACACACCUGGCCGCCGAAGACGGUGAAUAUUUCCCCCUACUGCGACACCCUCUCUACAUGAUCAUCAUCUACUCGUUGGCCUACACAACCAUCAUGAUCAUCGCCAUCGUCGGCAACCUCAUGGUCGUCGCCGUCGUGUACCGCAGUCAUAGCAUGCACACCGUAAUCAACUACUUCAUCGUCAAUCUGGCAAUCGCUGACAUUAUGGUGGCGCUUAUUUGUCUUCCCAUGACACUGCUGUCUAAUUUAUACCAUGAGUGGCAUUUCGGCUGGUUUAUGUGUAAAGCUACACCGUACCUGCAAGGCGUGUCUGUCUGUGCGUCCGUUAAUACCCUGGCAGCAAUUGCAGUUGACAGAUAUCUCGCUAUUUGUCACUACAUGGGAGUGAAAAUCAGUAAGAAGACUUGCAAGAUCAUAAUAUUGUGUAUAUGGAUAGUUGCCACUAGUAUAAUGAUUCCCUGGGCGAUUUAUUACCAAAUUGGUAGCUACACAACAAAAGUGCAGACGCUUGUAUUAUGCGGUGAAACGUGGCCUAAUGGUGGAAAAGGCCAGCGAUCCUACUUCUUAGGAGCCAUCUUCCUGUGUUGCUAUUCAGUGCCACUUGUCCUAAUUGUUGCAUGCUAUUUCUUGAUUGCCGUACGGGUCUGGAGACGAAGAGCCCCCGGUGAAAAAAUUUCCUCUUCAACUGGUGUACAAAAGUCAAAGGUUAAAGUCGUAAAAAUGUUGUGCAUCGUAGUUAUUCUCUUUGCCUUCUCUUGGUUACCAUUAUACGUAAUCAGGCUGAAAUCAUUCUACGGGUCUUCGAGUGACAAGGACACCGAAAGGAUUAUUCUAGAUAUAAUCAAUCCUAUAGCACAAUGGCUUGGAGCGUCAAACAGUGGUAUGAAUCCGAUAAUUUAUUGCUUCUUUAGCAAGCGCUACAGGCGCGGCUUUAAAGAUACAUUCACCGCAUGCUGGAAGACUCGCAGUAAUAGAAUGCAGCGGCGAAAUCUGGAGAGUGCCAUGGCGGCCCAGACAUACACGAACGGAACAUUAAAGCACCGUCAGUCGUAUAUGUACACUCGGGCUAGCUCCGAUCAUAGCCUCUCGUUGGAUUCGAAUAAAGUUACUUCAUACGUUUGA